AUGUCGGUAGUACAUCCCGAAAUAGACCCGUUCUUCUCCAUCACCGAAAUCGAACCAUCCCGCCAUCAAGAACUUAGGAAGGAUAAUGAUAAUGUUAUAACUGAGAACAUCAAACUUGAGGCUGAGAACAUAAAAUUAAAACAAUCUUUAGAAGAGCAUGAAUCCAGAUUUAUGAAACUGGAACAGAAUGAUAAAAAUACUGCUGUUGAAAAUGCUGAGCUUAAAGCUAGAGUUACGAAAUUAGAACGGAAGCAAUCGCACACCGAUGAUGCCAAGGAAGUCUUAGCACGAAAUGCACUCAGAAUCUGA